AUGUCUGGAUCUAAUGUUGUACAACAGUCGAUCGGCGCAUUACAGGAGCCGGUUGCUGCGCCCGCCGAGGACUUCGCUGCGUCGCUUCGUGCAGCUGCGUUGAAGACCUUGAAAUCUAAACGAAGAAAGGGCUCCGAUGGAACGGAUUCGCUCGCUGUCCUUCCUUCGCGACCUCUCUUUUCUGGCCCGCCAUCGAUCCAGCUAGACUACGGUUCUGAGGACCCGUACGCCAAGUCGUCUUCAGUGUCUGCUGUGACUCCCACGGUCUCGUCUCCCGCUACAGCCGUCCAGCCACCUACACUACCGCCGCCACCUCCAGCACCUGGACCUAUGGACGUAGAUGAAGAUCUUAGAGAAGAAGGAGAAAUCAGUGACUCUGAGUCGAUGCCACCCCCGAAGUCGCCGCAGGUCCCCAAGCGGGUCCCACCAACGUCUUCGGCCCCCAUCAAGCAGCCGAAGGAGAGGCCAAUACUCUCGCCACUAGUUCCGCCGUCGCCGUCAAUAUCAACUGUUUCCGUGAAAACGGAGUCAUCUUCCCAUGUUCUGUACGAUCCGCCACCAAGCUCCAUUCAGUCAUCACCCAACCUUACUCGUUAUUCACCUGUGGCUGACUACGACAUGUACUCGAUUGACGAGGAGCAUGCUCGCCCUGGCCUUGCUAUGACGCAAGCUCAGUAUGAUACUGCCAAAGACAUCGUCCUUGACCUGUUAGGGUGGGGCGUUCCUCCUGAUUAUCUCGUAAACUGCGGACUCAGUCGUGAGAUCAUAUACUAUGUCUUCAUCGAGUUAAACCUCUGCCUACCAGCGAACCUGGAUACAUCCGGUCUCCCUCCUCCUCUGUUCCCUUCUCAGGCGUAUGCUUCUCCGGAGCCCUUGUCGCCAUCGGCGUCGUCACAAAGGCCACGAGGUGCACCGAUAUCCAGGCUAUCAGUGGGUGACCCUCAUCCCAGCCUACCGAAGAAGCCUACAGCACCACAAGGGGCAUCCUCAAGUGUUGACGGGACCCCGCUCUCAGCUACGGCGGCACCCUUCGUUCCAAGCGCAUCUCUCUCGGCCAUCCCGAUGCAGUCUGAAGACGCGCCGACGUCGCCAAGCUUAAUUGACAUGGAACAGCAAAGGCGGCAGGAACUGCUGGCCCGAAAGGCAGUUCUGGCUUCCAGGAAGAAACAAGUUGCCGCAACAGCGUCAUCUUCCUCGGUCGCCCCGCUCAAGGACGUCAAAGAGACGACACCUACGCCGGCGGUUGCUCCAGUGACGGUAGACGACUUCCUGAAGAGCAUCGAACCUGUUAGCGCUCCAACUGAUGCUGACGACCGCAUGGACGUGGAUGAGCUGAUCCCUGGCUUGUCUACCGGUGAUGACCCCUCAACAUCUCAGCUUCCUGAUCUUUCGGUGGCGCGCGAGAUGUCUGCUGAUUCUAUAUCAUCAAGUCAUCUUGUUCCCCCAUUUUCAGAAUUGGAGGGAUAUGCUCGAUCCAUGUCUGCUGAAAGGAACGGUGUCGCAUCGGACGGCUCGUCAUCUGGGAGUGGUACCCCCCAGCCCCAUUCGUUAGGUUCACGACGAAAUACCAAACGCCCCGUGGCAGCCGACUUCGUAGAUAUGGACGCGCGACCACAUACAUAUCAUCACCGUCAUCCGCCUCAGCACAAUUUCCGCCGCAAGACGAACUCGUUCGCGGGCAUCACGCACUCGAGACGUAUCGUUAUAGACCUCAGCGACAGCGAGGAGGAGGUCGAGGAGGCAGUGAAUGGUCACCAACCACCACUUUCGCAGCUGCCAUCGAGGCCUCCGACAAGAUUGGGUGCGUCGCCUUCCCUGCAUACGACUAGGGCAACAUCGUUACCUACGGAACCAGCUACACCAGCCGCAUUAGCGGAGAAAGAGCAAGAAAUUAAGAAGAUGCGCGAGCUUAUUGCCCAGCGUGAACGUGCGAGGCUCGAUAAACUCACAGCUCAUAACUCUAGCAGGUCCACUCCUCCCGGUUCCGCAACUCAUAUGCCUGGGCCACAUAUACUUGUGGUGAAUCAAGAGGAGGACGAUACCCGUCCUCCUAUACCCAUCAAGCCGACGGUAACAGGUGUCAGUCAGGGGCAAAAUAUCUGUGACACCUACGCUAUUGUGUCGUCACCUUCCGCGUCCACGAACGGUGCUGUCACUCCUAUUGAUGCUGUGUAUAGCGCGCUGGAGCAUCCUGCAACUGGAGACCAAGGCACGUCUCAUUUCUUUGACAUUUCGGAAUCGGAGACAAGCAAUUCACCGUCCGAGAGUAUGGCGGUCGACGUAGUUGGCUCCCUCCUGGAGGCGUCGACGGCCCAGCCGUUGCUCACGUCUUUAUCCUCGUUCUCUGCCUUUGCUGUCUGUUCCUUGUCCAUCGCUCUACGCCCAGACGAAGAGGUUGCGCAGUAUCUUCACAGUGCGCUCCCGAAGGGCUCCGAGGUUGGUGUGGAGCAGCUGCAGGCUGCGCUCCAAGAUUUCCGCCGACAACAACUGGGAUUCGAGGCUCGCGUCAAGCAGGCUUUGGCGUCCCUGGGCCUUCGGAUGGCCGCGUGA